AUGACUUCGUUUCUUCAGAUUGCUGACGACGAGAAGGGGCACGAGUUGGAUCUCUUCUGUGUGCCAAGGCAUUAUGAGAACGAUUUGGAUAGAGUUAUCAUCCCACAUGGACUCAUCAUGGACAGGACGGAGCGCCUGGCCCGGGACAUCAUCCGGGACAUGGGAGGGCACCAUAUAGUAGCUCUGUGCGUUUUAAAGGGAGGAUACAAGUUCUUUGCAGACCUCUUGGACUACAUCAAAGCCCUGAACCAGAACAGCGAUAAAUCGGUACCUCUGACGGUGGAUUUCAUCAGAGUGAAGAGCUACUGUAAUGACAAAUCCACCAACAAUGUCAAAGUUAUAGGCGGGGAUGAGCUGUCCAGUCUGGCUGGAAAGAAUGUUUUAAUCGUGGAGGACAUCGUGGAGACCGGGAGGACCAUGCAGACGCUACUUUCACUGCUAAACGAAUGCAAUCCCAAAAUGGUGAAGGUUGCGAGUCUCCUGGUGAAGAGGACCCCAAGGAGCUCAGGGUACAGGCCAGACUAUAUUGGCUUUGAGGUGCCUGAUGCCUUUCUAGUGGGAUAUGCACUGGACUACAAUGAGUACUUCAGGGAUCUCAGUCACAUCUGCAUACUAAACGAACAGGCGCGGGAGAAGUACAGAGUGUGA